AUGCCGUGGCCCCUGCUGCUGCUGCUGCUGCUGCUGCUGGCCGCGAGCAGGGCCCAGACCACCCGGCCCUGCUUCCCCGGGUGCCAGUGCGAGGUGGAGACCUUCGGCCUCUUUGACAGCUUCAGCCUGACACGGGUGGACUGCAGCGGCCUGGGCCCCUACAUCGUGCCCGUGCCCAUCCCCCUGGACACAGCCCACCUGGAUCUGUCCUCAAAUCGGCUGGAGACAGUGAACGAGUCCGUGUUGGCAGGGCCGGGCUACACCACGCUGUCCGGCCUGGAUCUCAGCCACAACCUGCUCACCAGCCUCUCGCCCACGGCCUUCUCCCGCCUCCGCUACCUGGAGUCGCUCGACCUCAGCCACAACGGCCUGGCCACCCUGCCCACUGAGAGCUUCACCAGCUCGCCCCUGAGCGACGUGAACCUGAGCCACAACCGGCUCCGCGAGGUCUCCGUGUCCGCCUUCGCCACCCACAGCCAGGGCAGGGCGCUGCACGUGGACCUCUCCCACAACCUCCUCCACCGCCUGCUGCCCCAUUCCUCGCGGACUGGCCGGCCGGCGCCCACCAUUCAGAGCCUCAACCUGGCCUGGAACCGGCUCCGCGCCGUGCCCGACCUCCGGGGCCUGCCCCUGCGCUACCUGAGCCUGGACGGGAACCCGCUGGCAGCCAUCGGCCCCGGUGCCUUUGAGGGGCUGGCGGGCCUCACUCACCUGUCGCUGGGCAGCCUGCAGGGUCUGCCCCAGCUGGCGCCCCACGGCUUCCACGAGCUGCAGGGCCUGCAGGUCCUGGACUUGUCCAGCAACCCCAGGCUCCAGUGGGCGGGACCUGAGGUGUUCUCAGGCCUGGGCUCCCUGCAGGAGCUGGACCUGUCGGGCACGGGCCUGGUGCCCCUGCCCGAGAAGCUGCUCGUCCACCUCCCCGCACUGCAGAGCAUCAGCGUGGGCCAGGGUGUGCAGUGCCGGCGCCUGGUGCGGGAGGGCACCUAUCCCCGGCAGCCUGGCUUCACCCCCAAGGUGGCCCUGCACUGCAUAGACACCCAGGAGUUAGCCGCCAGGGGCUCCAAUACCUUGUGA